CAUAAAACACUACCAUGUUUUAUUACAACAAAUACAAUUACAACAAAACAACAACAUGAGUUCUUACCAUUAAAAAUAAAUACAACAACCGGUUGAUACUUGGUGUAGAUUUGGUGACAAAAAUGCAGUCACGAAACGUACUAUUCACAUUUUAGUACAGUGCUUACGUGCAAGAAGAAGUUGAUUUUUUAAUUUAUAUUAUCAACUUUUCGUUUUGUGUUUUUUCUUUCUUUUAAGGCUUUAUUAUUUACAUUUCGCCGGGGAUGGAGAUUUUUACGAUAUUGUAUGUGCUGACAUUAAAUUAUAUUGCAACCGAAGCCUACGAAAGAGUGGAACGUGCGGCCAACUGUCCAAAGUUUACGGAAGGUGAUAUCACGGGCUUAAAGAUAAAAUAUCGACGACAAGGCACCAAGGCAUCGUUUAGAUGUCGAAAGAAAUCAAGAUAUGGUCCAAAGUUUGCCACAUGUCAGUUGGACGGGACGUGGAGCAAUGAACCGCCACUGUGCACCAAGCCAGGCUGCGUUCCCCUUGAUCCUAGUCAGGUUACAAAUCUUGAUAUGGAAGUUGUAAACGGUGCUGUCGUAAAAUUUUCCUGCCUGAAUCAUUACUUACUGAUCGGCGACACACUGGCGUACUGUAAUGGAAAAAAUUGGAGCGCUCCACUACCUAGAUGUGCCGCACCCAAUGAGCUAACCGAAUGUGAUUUUGAGGAUGAUCUUUGUGGUUGGAAACAAGAUGACGACGAAGAACAGGACUGGAUUCUGAAUGUUGGAGCAACCCAAACCGGAAAUACUGGUCCUAAACAUGACCAUACUUUAGGAGACACCGGAAAUGGGCAUUACCUGUACUUUGAGACGUCGCAUCCUACGACGACAGGUCAUCAAGCUAAUUUACUUUCACCCAUGUAUACAGAAGAUCUCAGCCCAAUGUGUUUCGAUUUCUGGUACCAUAUUCUGGGCCCGGAUGUGAAAGGACAUGUUGGCUCCCUAGAAGUGUUUGUUUUAGACCAGUCCCAAUAUAUAGACGACGAUGAUGUAAAGCCGUUAUUCUAUAUAGAUGGAAAUCAGGGCGACCAAUGGCAUCGAGGCAAUAUCUUUAUCGAGAAGCAGGACGAACCAUUCCAGAUUUCAAUUGUUGCAACUCGAGCUCUCAGCAACAUUAGCGAUAUUGCCAUAGACGAUGUUCGUCUCCACAACUGCACCAAGAAUACAACUUCUCCUCCAGUUACGAGCAGCUCAUCCUCUUCAACCACUACUACAUCAUCUACUACUUCAACAUCAGGUACAACAACAACAACAACAACAGUAACAACAAAGAUAACAGAAACGUCUUCGCCAACGACUGUUGUAAUUGAAACGACAACAACAACAAAAACUCCAACUGAAACGACAAUAAAGAAAGAAACAACAACAACACAAUCUCCGGAAACAACGGUCGCAAAUACAAGCAAAUCAGAAACCAAUAAGCCGGUUACAACUACCACUGAAUCAACAACUGUUGUGAAGACGUCAUCGCUACCACACACGUCACAAGCCGCUAUAUCAUCAACCAAAGCGGAUUCAUCGCCAAAAGUCACUAUGGAACGCCAAACAAGUCAAAGCACACCAAAACCAUCUUUCACAGAAACUACGAUGGGAAAUACAAGAACAAUGCAACCGGAAAUAAAAACGACGAGACAAGCGACUACUCAAUCAACGAAGAAAGUUCAAACGCCUGGUCCGGACACCACAGAUACUGCAGGGACACUGACGACUGUAUCCUCAUCUACGACAAGUUCUUCAACCGCUAGCACAAGCUCUUCUACAAAGUCUCCGAUUACCUCAACAACCGUCACGUCUUCGACCACAUCAGAAAAAUCUUCCACGCCACAACCUACACAAGAGCAAGGAGUGACAAUAACAAAAGCCGAAGUCACCAAUACAGAUACCGGCGGCAAGACGAGUAAAUCUGCUAAAUCAACAAAACGAACAAAUGAGAUAACAACCAAAUCACCAGACAAACCUAAAGGGGAUAAUGACAACUCUAUAACAGCGUCUGAAAGUAGAUCACAACACCCAGAAGACGAUACACUGAAACCUUUAAUGAUUGGACUUGGUGUUGGAAUUGUUUCUGGCUUGAUUAUAAUUGGGGUAAUAGCCUAUGUUUGUGUUCGUCGGCGAAAGUUUUAUACAAGCCGGCACGAAGAUGAACUGAAGCCUAAAACAAAUUCUGCGUCUCUUCAAAGCCUGAAUAAUACAAGCCGGCUCGAAGAUGAACUGAAGCCUAAAACAAAUUCUGCGUCUCUUCAAAGCCUGAACAAUACAAGCCGGCACGAAGAUGAACUGAAGCCUAAAACAAAUUCUGCGUCUCUUCAAAGCCUGAACAAUACAAGCCGGCACGAAGAUGAACUGAAGCCUAAAACAGAUUCUGCGUCUCUUCAAAGCCUGAACAAUACAAGCCGGCACGAAGAUGAACUGAAGCCUAAAACAAAUUCUGCGUCUCUUCAAAGCCUGAACAAUACAAGCCGGCACGAAGAUGAACUGAAGCCUAAAACAAAUUCUGCGUCUCUUCAAAGCCUGAACAACGAAGACGAAGAACACGAAUCUGAGUCGUGAAUCGUGAUGCCAUAAUCUAUUUGCUGUGGUAACUGCGAGUAGAGUUACAUAAAUGUGGUAACUGCGAGUGGAGAUUGUUUUAGAAUGGUAACAGUCAGUCCUGAAAUGGUAAAUGUUUGACGUAUAUUAGUUUUUGUAAAUGAGGUGUGUGGUAAAACUUAUACAUAUUUGUGAGUCGCUACAAAAGUGUCGUGGUAACUGUUAGCCGUGUUUGGAUGUGUGUGUAGUAACUGUGAUACAUGAUAAAAUGUUAUUUAAAAUUCAUUCCCCAAAACAACGCGACAGUAAAACUGUUAUUGAAAUCUAUAAUUUUACGUAUAUAUACUAUUAUGCAAUUGUAGGCAUGCAGUAUUUUAUAAAACUUUUGAUGGAGGACUGAAGUAUUCUAAUAUUGUCAAGGAAUACCAGUAGUGAUAUUUGUCUGUUCUGAUGUAAAAUAUUCUCAUGAUCGUGAUCUAUUUAUCUUUUUUAUACAGAAUUAGCUGGCAAAAGUUCUGUGUCUGAUUAGUAAUGAAUGUAAAAUUUAAGGUUAUAAUGUUAUAUUUUUGCAAAUUCAACAAAGAAAAUUCCCAUAGCUAGGCAAAGAGUAAAUAUUUGUCUACAAGCGCUGUUCAUAUCAUACGGCGUCAAUUCUUUAAUGUUUGUAAUAGGACCGCUCUCUUUGCUUUGAUGCCCCUCAAUUUAGUAUGUAAAGUACGAGCGGGGGGGGGGGGGCGUGGCUUUGGUUAAACAAUCAUAUCGUUAGGUAUCAAAGAGAACUUUUAUCCUAGCCUCUUUUGCUAGAUUUUAGGGCGAUGCAGAAGGUAAAUAAAUGGGAAAAUGUACUGUACUAUACUGUAAUGUACUGCUUUUUACUUUACCAUUUUUCUUUAAACUGCUUUGUUCAGCGGAUAAGAUCAUUAAUGUCUAUUAAAAUAAAAGCCUUAAAUUUAUAUACAUUUUUGUAGAUAUUUCAUUUGUAAAUAUUUUGUCAUUAUUGAUAGUUCUAGUUAAAAUAUAUAACGGAGGAGUGUGGGUUUAUACUGUACUUAUUCUGUGCCAAAUAUAAUGUGGCAAUUUUAAUAAUUUUGUAAAUUUAUUAAAAAAAUAAAAAAAAAAAUGUCACAAAACAACAAUGUUUUCACCAAAAUUAGGUGUAAAUGCACGUGUUUACAUGGAUCACCCAGUUUUUGGGUAAUUCCAAAGUUUCUAAUCAUUUUUUUGCCAAUCUUUUAACUCAUAUAAACGUGUGUUUGACGGCUUUUUUGUCCCCCCCCUUUUGAGGCCUCAAACAGUGAAAAAUGCCCUAUUUAGACCCCAAACACUGUUUUUCGUUUGAGAAAUGUUGUAAAAAAACUGGACCACUUUCUUGGCGCCACCUCUUAUCAAAAUGGUACAUUAGGGGGUUGCCAGAAGGGGGAUAUGCCCCCUUCUGUUUGUGGGGGGGGGGUGAAAGGGGGCGGUAGUCCCCCUCAUCGCCAAACGAGUUUUGGAUAUGUGACAGGCUAAAAUGACCUCAGGUCGCUGAAAAGCCUUUUACUCCAUCUCAAUUUAUUGAGAAUUUGCAGCACUUUAAAAUCAGUUUUUAUUGAAAAAAAUAACGCAAAAUAGUGAUUUUUCGCAAUUUUUAGACGUCCCCCCGUUGCCAUGGUAACAGGAAAUUUACGAUUGAGCAUGCUGUUACAGAGGCUAUGGUCCAGUCAACAUUUGUGCCAAGUUUCAUCAGUAUUAAAGUAUUUUUUAUAGUUUUAUAGCAGUUUGAACUUUUAACAGGAGGCUUUUCAAUGAUUAUAAUAUGCUCAUGGG